AUGCUGCGGCUGGGCACCAAGGAGAUGGGCGACGGAGCGGCGGUGAACAGGACGCGCCCGGAGCGGAGCGGAUGGCCAGGGCAGGUCCGCUUCAAUCCCCCUGGGCGUUACAGGAUGUACGAGGGUGCCAUCUGCAUCGUCCUGGCCGCCGGCUUCUCGAAGGUGGAGAAGGACGGCGCUACUACCCGUGGCAGGGAAACCCAUGUUGGACCAUUGGUGGGUAGCUUGGCAGCGGUGAACGGGAAUCGUUUGAUCUCUGAGAUCUUCCUGGUGAGCAAUGCCUUGAAAUACAAACACUUUGAACGCUGGGCGACGGCGAAAGGCAUCGCCGUCAGUCGAGUGGUGAAUAGUGGCGCCACUGCCAUGGAGAAGGGACGAGGUGUCCUCCGGGACGUCGAGCUGGGCUUAAGACGAGCGCAGCAGAUGCUCAGGUCCUGGGUCCUAUCGAGAGCACUGAUCUCAGGGCUGCGAAUUGGAGUUGGCAAAUAUAGCAUCGUUGUGACCUAUGGAUGGGAUGAGCACAGCAAGCUGCAAGGUAGAGACGUGGUGGUCUUUGCCGGUGACACCUUGUUUUUCAAGGACUUUGAUCUGCAGAGGAUCUCCAGCGCAUUGCACAACCCACGGCUGAGGUGUCGGGAAGUGGACAAUCCCUCUGAGCGCGGCAUGUGCGAAGUCGAUGAAAGCAGCAAGGCCAAGCGGAAGAUCCCGGAGUUCAACGCCGCGGCCUGCCGCAGCGCCAACGGGACAACGAGCGCCGCAACGAGCGCGCCGGGGAGUUCCUUCAGCUUCGGGCGCUUCGUGCAACACGCGAUCGAAGAGCUGAAGCUCCCCUUCUGGGGUAUGCGGAUGCCGGGUGCGUUUCAUCUCAUUGGUGCUUCAACGGGCCUCGAAGAGUACCGUCAGUUGGAUCGAACCUUCUCCUCCGUGAACAGCUUGGACGGUACUAGUGGCCGCUUCCGCACCAAGACGUACGCGCGCGUGGGGCUCAUGGGCAAUCCCAGUGAUGGGUUCCAUGGCAAGACGCUCUCGGUGACGAUUCGCAACUUCUGGGCCUCCGCGGAACUCUGGGAGUCGGCGCAACUGAGGCUGCUGCCGCAUCCCUUGUUCGACCCCUCGACCUUUUCGGGCCUUGCGGAUCUGCAUUUCAUCGGCCGCCGGGAGGGCUACUAUGGUGGCACGCGCUUGUUGAUGGCGACCUGCAAGCGCUUCCAGGAGUUGUGCACCAGCAGAGGGAUAGCACUGCCCAGCAAAAACUUUACCCUGCGCUAUGACACGAACAUUCCCCGACAAGUCGGUCUGGCAGGGAGCAGUGCCAUUGUGAACUCCGUGUUUCAAGCUCUGAUGAAGUUCUUCAACCUCUCCGAGGAGCAUAUCCCCCUGGAGCGACAGCCGUCCUUCAUCUUAUCCGUUGAGAGCGAGCUGGGGAUCCAGGCUGGCCUACAGGAUCGUGUGGUCCAGGUCUAUCAGGGUCUGGUCUUUAUGGACUUCGACGCACAGCACAUGAAGGAGAAGGGCUAUGGCAGGUACGAGCGACUCUCCCGGAGCUCCUUCGAUUGGCUCUCCUCGUUGCCGUUCUUCAUCGCCUAUGAGGCGGAUCCCUCGGAUUCCGGCAAGAUCCACUCCAAUGUGCGGGCACGUUGGGACGCUGGAGAAAGCGAGGUGGUUUCGGCGAUGCGCACCUUUGGAGACCUGGCCUCUAAGGCCCGUGCGGCCAUCGAGAGCAAGGACCACGGCGCGUUGGCGGAUCUCAUGGACCAGAACUUCAACCUGCGGAGGAAAAUCUAUGGAGACGCAUGUCUCGGGGCAAAGAACCUGCAGAUGAUCGAACUCUGCAGGCGCUGCAACUGUGCCGUGAAGUUCCCCGGCAGCGGUGGAGCAGUGCUGGGCCUGUGCCGUUCCGAGGAGGCCAGUGACCCCAUGCACAAGGUCCAGGAGGCCCUGGAGGCGGAAAACUUUGUGUUUUGUCCAUUGGAUUUAGUGAUGCCCGAGUGA